GUGAUGGAGCGCAGCGUGAUCCGUCUGACUCACUGUCAGAAGGAGAUCUUCUGCUUCUCUGUGCCGGAGGAGUGCCCGAGCUGCGGGGAGGAGCUGAGGGGGAGCAGACUGCAGGAGGCGCCGGUCAGCCUCCCCUCCCCCUUCACCAACGGGCACAAGACCUCCUGCUGCCUGCUGGUCACACCAGCACACGACAACCUGGACAGAGACUUUGAUGGGGCGGCUGAUCUUCACACCGGCAUCUCCAACACCAAAGGUGUUGUGUAUAACUACACUCGUGGCGGCGUCCGCAGGGAUCAGAGCGGCUGGGAGCGCAGCAUCAGCGUCCCUCUGGUCCGACCCGACAUGUUCCACCUGCUCGCUCAGUGGGACCAGUACCUGGAGCGCUUCUCUGAUGGGCCUAUGUGGGACCCUGCCUGGCACAGGUUUGAUGAAAACAACCACAACUGCUUCAGCUUCUGUUUGCACUUUGUGAACAGCGUUCUGGCAGCCGAGGGCCGCGGCGCUCUGAGCAGAGACGACUUCACCCACACCUUCAUCCUGCCAAGGAUGAGGAGGGUGUCCAAAUACACCACGCUGUACCAGCACAUCCAGAAACACCAGUUCUACACGGUGGACCGACAGCAGCACGCUCAGGGGGCGGAGCCCAGCAGCUGA